AUGAACAAAAAUGUAAAAUGUAAUUAAGGUGUAGGUAAAACAAAUAUUUUGUCGAGGUAUAAAUUUGGUAAAUUCGAAAAAACACAUGCUCCAACGUUAGGAAUAGAAUUUGCAUAAAAACAUGUAAUAAUUUCUUAAGAAAAGGUUAAAAUAUAAGUUUAAAUAUGGGAUACUGCAGGAUAGGAAAAUAUGAAUUCUAUUACAAAAGCAUUUUAUAAAAAUGCGAUUGGAGCUUUAUUAGUUUAUGAUAUUACAGACUUAUAAAGUUUCUAUGAUUGUCAAAAAUGGGUAGAAGACAUUCAGUAAAAUUGUGAAAAUUAAAUCACAAUAAUAUUACUAGGAAAUAAAGCAGAUUCAGAAGAAAAAAGAUAAGUUAUAAAAUAAAUUGCUUUAGAAUAUGCAAAUAAAAACAAUUUUGCUUUUUUAGAAACUUCUGCUUUGAAUGGCUAAAAUAUAAAUGAAAGUUUUUAAAUAUUAGUAGAAGCUAUUAGAAAAAAAAAAAAUCAUUAUGAAAAAUCAUUCGUCUUAUUCUGA